AUGUUGCCAUACGAUGCUGGACUCCAUAAUGUGAGACGCAUUGGCAUUUUCCCUCCACAACGCAUAAACCUGCUACCUUCCAGCACCGAGGCAAUGACCAGGAACCCCCCAAUGGACAAAUUUUUGAUUCUUACGGCGUCUAAGAUACGUCACCUUGGUCUCUUGCUUACCGAAACAGUCUUCAACGAUAUUCAGAAUGCCGUCCUAGUCGUCGACGAUACUCGAAAUCUCGUUCGAAAUAUGCCAGGUGUCGAGAUGUUAGACAAGAAUGUCUAUAUAGCUCUCCAGAGCCUCGAGGCGAUGGUACUACAGCGAGCUGGGUCACUCCUGUUUGAAAACGCCUUGGAGGAACUUGGGCGCCACAUCCGUGAAGAAAGACUAGCCGAGGAAGCCCAUGACAAGUGCUCGCAGAAUAUUCCCCCUGACGUGAUCGAGGUGCAAAGACUAGAACUCCCACCCUUCACCAACGUUCUGCAAGGAUGCUACGAAAUCGAGCCGGCCAAGUGCACUCUCAUGGGUGAGCAAAAUGACGCGCAACGAAUCGAUUCAGAUACAUCCGAUCGCAAGCAAAUAAACAAGGCAGAUCUAUACAGCAGCAGUCAUCCAUACGGUCGCGUAGUUGCACGGCAAAUGAGCGAGCGUCAGCAAUUUGGCAAAUGGAAGCUGCAUAUCGCAAGCCUUCACAGUGAGUCUGGAGCUGGCAGCGACCACACAAUAGGGCCGCCAGUACUUGCACAGACUACACCGAUCAAUGCGACUGGUUCAUUUCGAAUACUGGGUGAUGACGUUCAAAGGAUUAUCUUCUCGCAUUUGGAUUAUCAGUCCCUCAUUUUUCUUUCGCAGACCAGUCACCACUUUCAUCAGAUGGCUCGACCAGAGCUGGCCGAUCAACAAGAUCAGUUGCAGUUCGUCAUGAGAGCUGAGAAGGAGUUCAAGCAGCACUUCCCCAACGAAAAAAGCCCUGGAAAUUUUGCUUGCUACUUUUGCUACCGCGUGCUCCAAGCGGACUCUUUCAGGGAGGACCAAGCUCAUGAAGCGUUCUUGGAUUGCGACGGCAGUUUUGUUCUCGACGUCAAACCCGAAAACGCUGCCAAGUAUGUUCGAGGUCGAUCCUGGAGAAAUGGGGUGCAACGUAUCUGA